AUGUCGUACGAUGAAAAUUUUGAUGAUUGUUACCAUGAUCGCUCCUUAUUUAGUGAUUGCAAUGGUGGAAACGCAGCAGCAGCUCGUAUAAGUGGGUCUAGCGAUGCACAUGGAAACUGUCAGCGUUUAAAUAAUACUCUAAAAAAAUCAGAUUUAAAUCGAAAACUACCUGCUUUUGCACGCGUAAAGCAAGCUCGAGUUCCAAAUGCUUAUGAUAAAACGGCGCUAAAACUGGAAGUUGGAGAUAUUAUAAAGGUCACAAAAACAAAUAUAAAUGGUCAAUGGGAAGGAGAGAUAAAAGGGAAAAAAGGUCAAGGUCACUUUCCUUUCACGCAUGUUGAAUUUAUUGAUGAUUGUGAUUUAAUACGUUGCUCAGGUGAAAGUUCACAUACUCAUAAAGAACCAAAUAUAAGCAAUGAUUGGGGCGAAUAAAAAUUGUUUUGACAAUCUUAUAAUAUGUAUAUAUUAUUUUAUGCAUGUAAUUUUUUUCAAUAUAG